UGGCAGCAGCGGGCCGGCUUCCCGCGCCAGUCGCUCCCAGGAGCCCAGCGGAAGGGGGUGGUUUCCCGCCGGCGUGCUUUCGCUGCAGCACCGGCAGGCGCAGGGGUGAAAGGUCACAAGAUGGCGCUGGCGGCUCGCCUUUUACCCCGCUGGCUUUUGUCUGGGGCUCUGCCCGGAGGAGCCGCCAGACCGCGGUCCCCCGGCCGAGCCGAGGGGAGGCCGCCCUUGGCCGGACUCUGCUGCCUCUGCCGCCGCCACCUCGGCUGGACCACGGCCCCAUUUCCUCCAGCUCCUUGGGCCGCGGCGCUGCCGGCCCGGGACCCCCGGCGUCCCCUGCUCAGCCCCGCGGGCCUCCCCGCCGCCCUCCCCGCGCUCCCCGUCUGCCCCCGGCGCAGCUACGGCACCGAGGAGCAGCCCCAGCAGCGCCAGAAAACCAAGAUGCUCAUUCUGGGCUUCUCCAACCCCAUCAACUGGGUUCGGACUCGAAUUUUCGCCUUCCUUAUCUGGGCUUAUUUCGACAAAGAGUUCAGCAUCAAGGAGUUCUCCGAGGGAGCGAAGCAGGCUUUUGCUCAUGUGUCCAGAUUGCUAUCACAGUGUAAAUUUGAUCUGCUGGAAGAACUUGUGACUAAAGAGCUGCUGCUUGUGUUGAAAGAAAAGGUUACUUCACUACCUGACAGCCACAAAGACGCCCUUGCUGCUGACAUGGAUGAGAUUGUGUACACCUCCGCAGGCGACAUCUCCAUUUACUACGACGACAAAGGAAGGAAGUUUGUUAACAUCCUGAUGUGCUUUUGGUAUCUAACCAGUGCCAACAUCCCCAGUGAAACUUUAAGCGGAGCGGGUGUGUUCCAGGUUAAGUUGGGGAAUCAGAACGUGGAAACUAAGCAACUUCUUAGUGCAAGCUAUGAGUUUCAGAGGGAGUUUACACAGGGAGUGAAGCCCAACUGGAUCAUUGCACGGAUUGAUCACGCCAAGUUACUAGAAUAAUCUUUCUUGGAAAAAUCAGCUUAUUUGAACUUUCAGCAAUUGCUGUGAAAAACUAAGGAAGAAUUUGGAUCAGUUGAUCUUCACUUAGUCAAGUCUGUGGAUGACUUUUGUAUUAUUCUGAAAUACCCCUUGCAGUAUACUGGUAUGACACAAUAAAGCAUUUCCACCGA